UGAUUGAAAGGGCGAAAUCCGAAACUGCCCAUUAUUAUUCUGCAAGUUUCUACUUGCAUGCCCAACGCUGUAUUUUGUGGCAUGAGCCAUUUCGACGCCUGAUAAAGAUUUUCCUUCUGAGCUUUUGGAUAUGUGCUUGUCCACGAAAGAGCUCGAGGAGAUGCUCAUGGAUACUGGGAACAAGCUCCUAAACCCUCCUUCUUCCAUUGAUGCCCUUCUCAAAGCUCUCGAUAGAGCUGAGUGUCUAUUAACAAAUGUGGAGCAAUCGCCAAUGCGAUCGAUGCGUGAGGCGCUCCUGCCAUUAAUGAAGGCGUUAAUUUCGGAUAAGCUUUUGAAGCAUUCAGAAGAGGAUGUGAAGGUUACAGUAACAUCCUGCAUUACUGAGAUUACAAGAAUAACAGCGCCAGAUGCUCCUUAUGAUGAUGAGAAAAUGAAGGUGAUUUUUCAGCUGACUUUAGAAGCUUUUAGAAAGUUGUCAAAUGUAUCCGGUCGUGGUUAUACAAAGGCUUUAUCGAUUCUUGACGCUGUUGCGAAGGUUCGUUCAUGCUUGGUGAUGCUGGAUCUGGAAUGUGAGGGUUUGAUUCUUGAGAUGUUCCAGAAUUUCAUGAAACUCAUUAGUUCCAACAAUCCACCUGCUGUUUUUUCAGCCAUGGAAGCAAUUAUGACAAAUGUGUUGGAAGAAAGUGAAGAAAUCUCCCCAGAUCUUCUCAGGCCUAUUUUAGCAAGUGUCAGAAAGGAAAUUAAAGAAGCCGCUUCGAUUUCAUGGAAAUUGGGAGAAAAGGUUAUGUCGAACUGUGCUAAUAAGCCCCAGCCCUAUCUUAUGGGCGCAGUUCAGUCUCUUGGUGCUUCUUUGGAUGACUAUGCCCCGAUAGUUAUUUCUAUAUGCCGAAAUGGAACUGAUAGCGUUGGUGCGGGGAAUCACUUGGAAAAUGCAAAGAACGAGGAGAAGGGGAUGAAUUCAAACGUGCCAACGCUGGUGGCGCAGACGCAUACGCCAAAUGCAAGUAUUGAAGAGAAUCCUCGAACUGAUGCUGCUUCAGAAUCAUUGAUAUCCAAUGGUACAGGUGCAGCCAGGAAUGGCAACAUACUGAAGGCAUCCUCGAGAAAAUCACAAAAACGUAGUGAACAGUCAAAAAUGACAGAAACCAAAAUACCUGACAGUGUAGAGUCUACGAAGGCAGAGGACACAUUAGACCCUGUACCGAAGAAACGAGGCAGGAAACCCAACUCGUUAAUGAAUCCAGAUGAAGGCUAUGAUCAUUAUUGGAUUGGAAAAGGACGGGAACGGUUCAUGCUAUCCAAUCGUAGAAAGUCCAAUGACCAAGAAACUAAGUUUUCUCCUGUAAGCCUAAGAGUGGAAAAGACUUCUUUGCCAACAGAGAUAGAAAAGGAGUCUUCCGCACAUGCUGCAGAGAAACAUAUACGACCUGAAGAUGAAGUGGUAAAUGAGAAUAUGAAGAAUAUGGUAGAAAAAACUCAGGGAAGGUCAAAGAAAUCUAAAGUUGGUAAGUCUAAGAAGGAUAGAGCACUCAUUGAUCCCGAAUAUGUUGUUUCAGAAGAGAACGUUUCUGCUCCCUCUGAUUACAAAGAAACACAGUCGAUGCAUUUGGUUUUGAAGUUGAGACUGAAGAACAGCAACGGGAACGGGUCAGUAGUCCAAAAAGAUGUUAUAGUGAAAUCUAAAGAUACUAAUAUGGAGAAGAAUAUUCAUAAUCCAUCAACCUGUGAGGCAAAGGAUUCCAGAUCGGCCAAGUUAGAGGGUGAUGAUUACUCGGAAGAAACCUCCCACGAAAAAGCUACAAGGAAGCGUGCCAUUGUGGAAAAAGAGGUAAUGGACAUAUCAAGUGCAAAAGAGGAACUGGUUGGUAGGAGAAUAAAGGUUUGGUGGCCCCUGGACAGGAAGUUUUAUGAAGGUGUUGUUCAUAGCUUCUACCCAGUGAAGAAAAGGCACAAGGUGUCAUAUGACGAUGGCGAUGAAGAAAUAUUAAACCUCAAAACGCAACAAUAUGAGCUAAUUGGUGCCAAUGCUCUGCUACUUGGAGCUGAUACAGGAUGAGGAGAGAGAUGGAUGUCCCAAAAUCCGAAGCUUCAUCUGAUAUUAGACUGCGAAAGAGGAAAAGGAAAAGGAAAAACAAGUCAGAAUCAGACAAGGAGGAAAUAAACGGUUCUCCAACCAGAAGGGGUAGAGCUUCAGCCAAGAGGAAAUCGGAAGCUACAUCAUCGACAUUGCGCAAGAAAGCUGCCAACAGUUCCAUGCUCGACGAUGGAGGUUGCAUCAAUAAUAGUACAAAAGGAAAUGAUAAAAACCUCAUAAACUUGAUAAAAAACAGUAGACUAAGGAUUAGCUUAAAGUCCAAGCCGAAUGGUGGCCGGGAUUAACGCACCAAGAGACGAAGCUGAACCCCUUGGCACCAAAAAUUUAGCAGGAUUAGAGAUGCGAGAACCUCUUACCAUCGUUUUGCCAGUUAGGAAAGAGCAUAGGCCAGCAUAGUUCCUUGCUUUUGUGUCCUAAGACGUAGAAAGGAAAACAGGAUUUCAGCUAACCAGUCUUCUAAACAGUAGAGCCAUCAUAUAUAAACAAACCUCCAUGUAUAGGCAGACAGUUAUUAUGUCAAAGCUAUCUCUUUCUGACAUGUUUAGAUAAUAUAAGUUAUAAUACUUGAUCCAUUGACAGAUCAAAUACCAGAAUGCGUCGGUUGUGUACUGAAAUUCCGAGCUCUUCCUCACUGGAAUCUAUUGACUGUUUCUGUGCUUUAGAGAGAACGUAAGUUUGAAGCCUUAAAGGCAUAGCUUCUUGCUGAA